AUGCUAUCUAGGUCCAUAAUCAAUAAUGCUACCCUUCAAACUCGUUUAUUUGGUACUACCUCAAUAUGUCAAGGUAUUAAAGCUGUCAAAUUUUUAAAAGCUCAAAAACGUAAACAAUUGAAUCAAGCUAAGCAAUUAACUUUACAUAAUUCUUUAGCUACCGAGGUUGAUCCGGUCUUGGGUCAUGAAGAUAAUCCAUUUAUCGCACGUAUAAUGGCUGAAAUUAAAGAACCAAAUGUUUUAGCUAAUAAUUUUGCUAAAGAAGAAGUAGAUAAAUUUUUAGGAUUAGUAGUGUCUACUGGACUAAAGGACCAAUUAGGCGACCAAAUGAAUACCGUUUUGGAUAAUAACGAUUUCAAUACUCAGAUUGCAAAUAGGAGAGAUUCAAUUUUAAGGAUUUUAAAUAUAAAAAAUAAUAGCGACAAGGAUGCUAUGAAGCUAGCUAUCAGAUUAGCACGUGAGGAGUUUCAAAGAUUUCCUGGAGAUACUGGAUCCAGUGAAGUCCAAGCUGCUUGCAUGACAGUUCGUAUCCAUAAGCUAGCCAAACAUAUUAAGGAACACAAGAAAGAUUAUUCCAACACUAGGAUAUUAAGAAUGUUGGUUCAACAAAGACAAAGCAUCUUAAGAUAUUUAAAAAAAGAUAAUCCCGAGAGGUAUUAUUGGACUAUUGAAAAAUUAGGUUUAAAUGAUUCUGCUGUGGUUCACGAAUUCAAUAUGGAUAAACGUUAUAUGCAAGAUUUCAACUUUUUUGGUGAUAACCGUAUUUUAAUUAAGGAGUCCAAGAAGGUUGCUGAACAAAAACGUAAAGAAUCUCGUAAACAAAAGAAAGCCAAUAAAGUAAACCAUCAACAACAAGAAGCAGCACAGCAAUAA